GCCAGUUUGAAUUUCGACGUGUUGCCAGCCACAUCGUGAGCGCAUCAAAUUUUGACAGCAACUCGCCGCAUAACAAACUCCGUAAAAAUGACCGCCGUGGAUGCCAUCAUCAACUAUAAACGCAGUCCCAACGAGGACUUUUAUGCUCUGCUCCAUUGCGAUGAGACCUCAUCGCCGGAGCAAGUCCAGGCCGAGUACAAGGUUCUGGCGCUUCAGUAUCAUCCGGACAAGAACUGCGGCGACAAGGAGGCGGAGGCCAAGUUCCAGCUACUAAAGGAGGCCAAGGAGACCCUUUGCGAUCCGGAGAAGCGCGCCGUGUACGACAAGUGGCGCAACAGCGGCAUCUCAAUGAGCUACAAACAGUGGCUCGGCAUGAAGGAGCACGUCGGCCAGGUGAGAAGAUACACAAUUGCCGAGAAAGUGGAUAAAGAGUCCAUGCAUUGGGCCACACCUAAGACCAAGGACCGCAUGCUACCGGAGACUGAAGCUGGAGCUGCUCCGGCUGGCGCUGGUUGCAGCGGCGGCCUUACAGCCGCCUCCCCGAAUCCGGCCCAUCGACGGGCCUCGGAGGGCGGAGCCGCACUCUACUACGGCAGCCGCAAGGCCGAGUGGGGUACUGAGAACACAGAUGUGGCCAAUAAGUUCCGUAAUUACGAGAUCUAAGCGGCAUUUCAGCAAUGCUAAAAAAGUGUGCGGUGCCCGUGAUGAGUAUCGAUGUUAUGAGAUAAAAUAGAAGCGAGUCGUAAAGUAAAUUUUAUGCAUAUUUAUAGCCCAUCGAAGGGCAGUAUAUCUCGAUGUGAGUUUCAAGAAUACAUAUUCCAAUUAAAAUAUUAAAUAUUAAAAAUACCAAACAAAACAAAUACAUUUAAAAUACAUAUAUAUCAUAUAUAUCAAAGCAGCAUUGAAAAGCUAAAUUACACAAUAUGCAAAAUAUUAAUCAAUUCUAUAGAAAUACUACUACAUAUAUAUUUAUAAAGGAAAUACAACUCCACAGAGUACAUAUAUAUAUAUUGAUGUGAACUUAUAGCGUUGCGAAUUAUAUAAAUGUUUAUAGGUGUAUACAAAAAAAUUGGUAAUUAAAUAUUGAAGAAACUGUAAUUUCAAUAAACAUAAGGUAUGCAAGCGGCAAGAGGUUUAAUUUAAGUUAAAGUGCAACAUUUAAAUGAAAUUAGUCAAAUUUUAAAUGUGUAUAUCAAUGGUAAAUGUCUAACUGAACUAUAUAUACAAGCAUAUACUAUAUUAUAUAUAUUUAUCUACAAUAUAUUUAUCUACAACUAUUUAUAUAUCGAUGUAUGUAACAUGUGCCCCCUAUAAGACAAUCCCCUUGGAAGUGUUUACUUGUGCACUAGAAAAAAACAUUGAUAAUUCAAGCUGAAACUAGCAUCAAAAUGCCCACCACAAAGAACGUUGCAUAUGCGAUAAGCAAAAAACACAUAUAUGACCUAACACAAAAGCGAAUUUAUCAACUAUAUACAAGAGUAAAACUGCAUAGUCAAAAAACUACAAGAAAAAUAACUUUCACUUGGUGUCCUUUCAAAUGCAAAACUCAAAUUUGCAAACAAAACUAAGCAACUAGACUAUUUUAUUUAUGAAGAAAAAAGAGACGGCCACUUACAGGCUUGAAGAAAAUGACAAAAAAAAUUAUAUAAAAAUAUAAAAUAUAUAAAAAAAUGAUAAAUGUUUUGAUGCGUUGUUGUUUUCAAUAUCGAUGUGUGAUGCAAAUCUUAAUGUUAUACAAAUGAAUAUCAAAAGAAAUAUGAGCGAAAAUUAAUUUAUGCCAACAUAAAGGUACAUUAUAUAAAUGUUUGUUUUAAGUCAUAUUGAAUUU